AUGAGGCUGAGGAUCAUGUGUGCCUUCACCGCCCUUUCAUCCUCGAUUUACCCUCACUUUAGCUUCUCUUUCUCUCCCUUUCCCCAUUCUUUUCUUUCCCUCUUGCUCUUCUCCCUCGUGGGUGUUUUUGUGUCUGGUGGAGCCUGCUACGUCCCCCCUCCCCUCCAAUUCCCUGUCUCUGGUCCCACGCUAUUCUCCAAAUCAAUCAAAUUUCUCCCCUCCACUCCCCUCUUUCCAUUGCACAGUGACUUUGCUGCCCUCUUUCUUCAUUCAUUCUUUCUUUCUACCCCCCGCCAAGUAACACCAGUCUUCUGUUCAACCUUUGCACUUUUGUCGAUCCCCUCAUUCGAUCAUGAUUGCUUUCUGGUGUGA